UUUUCCAUAUGGUAAUGUCGUGCUUAUACGCCAUGUUGGUGGUUUCCGUAAUUUCUCUACAAGAAUUUUCUGCAUUCUCAUUUUUUCACCGCCGCUGUUAGACGAGAGUUGAGAGUAAAUUUUUCGAGUAGAUAUCUGCGCUUUUAACCUGUAAAAGAAAACUUAUUUACUAAAAUGGGCGUGCAAGUAGUACCUAUUUCUUCCGGGGAUGGAAGCACAUUCCCCAAAACUGGACAGGUGGUAUCUGUACAUUAUACUGGUACUUUGGAUGACGGCACUAAAUUUGACUCUUCGCGCGACCGUAAUAAACCAUUCAAGUUCACACUAGGUAAAGGUGAAGUAAUUCGUGGUUGGGACGAAGGUGUUGCCCAGCUGUCUGUAGGCCAGCGCGCUAAACUUAUCUGCUCUCCGGACUAUGCAUAUGGAAGUCGAGGACAUCCUGGCGUUAUUCCACCCAAUGCCACCUUAACCUUUGAUGUAGAACUUCUGAAAGUUGAGUAACUUAAUACCGUAUCUUAUUCAGUAAGGUAUAAUUAUUGAUUAAAAAUUACAAAACGGAAUAAACAGCGCGAAGUUGCGGGUUAGAAUUAGUAAAAUGCCACAUUUGUCUCAAUGCAAAAAGAUAUACCUAUACACCUAUUGCGAGUGUCGACUAGAGUAGAUAAACGACUGUUAGUCGAUUAUCGACUAUCCGUGGUAUUUUCAAAGUCGGUUUUCUGAUUCAAUAAGUGAUUGAGAAUAGUUUAUAGUCGCUAUAUACAGCUGUUUGUUUGUAGAAGGAUGAGGGAUUAAAAACUUUUCGCAGACGCUUAUUGAACGAGAAGUCGACAUUCACAAUACCAUGGAAAAGCGAUAAUCGAAUGAGAGUCGUAUAUCUUCGUGGUCCAACUACACAAGAUGAAG